AUGGCGAAGAAAAGGGAUAAUUUAAAUCGUAGUCUAAGUAAAGAAUGGCGGGAAAGAGCUGAACCGCUGGUACCCGUACCUGAAGAUGAAAGAGACCACACACCACAUUUCUUGCCCCGACUGAGUAUAGUGCUACCCAGGAGUAGCAGUUCCAGUGUUGAACAGCUUCCAGCAGAGCCGCGCCCACCUCGGUUGUCUCAUGGAGACGAAUCAAUGACCGUUGUGCUCUCUGCAUUUUAUGCUAAACUAUUGAUUGUAAUGGGUUUAGCUCUGCCAGUAACAAGUACUAUACAGAACGAAUUGUACACGAAUAUUUCGUCAGAUGUAUUCACAAUAUAUUUGUACGCUACAAGUAUGCUUUUCCUCGCAUACACUUUUUACCACCUUCGAAUAGCCAAAAGAAGAAGAGAUGAUAACUUAGUACGUAUACGUUACGGAAGCUUCUACCUACAUAUGGGUGUGGCGGGGUUCAGCGUGGGGUCCAUAAUUUAUUCGUGCCUACAAUUCGGGGAGUACUUUGAUCUUUCAGGCGAUUGUCAACUGAUCAUUGUCGCUUUAAAACCGGCUUUACGUAUACUUUUUAUGGUUGCUCAGACAAUAUUUAUUUUCUCAUACACAGACAUAUUAGAUCCAAUGCGAGGCGUCGUUCUAGACAGAUUCGGACUCAUGCACUUAAUAGCUACAAAUGUAUGCGAAUGGCUGAACGUGGUAAUACAAGAAACGAGAGACGACAUCGUCGCGGUCGCCUAUAAUAAACCCGCAUUUUUGAGACAAACCAAUGUGACAACUUACUCAAUAAUUAAUGGGACAAACAUAACUACAGUUUGGACAUGCAAUGUCUCUGAUAUGAUAACACCACUCAUUCGGUCGAUGAACCCGUAUUUACGACCUUGUGGAGUUGAAUACAGCCUCCUCUGCUCAAUUAUUAUAAUGGUUAUAUGGAAUGACAUUUGCACUGUGCCAGGAUCGAAAAAUGCUAAAGUGUCAAACAGUGGCAUAGACAACAGAUGUUGUGGUCGAGUUAAAUCGAAUUUGCAUUUUUCUGUGGACUGUGGAAGUGCUCAUAAGGGACUAUUUAUGGGUGUAGCAAUACUGGCUGGGACUAUUGUCAGUCUGAUGCUCUUCAACGGACUCUUUCAGAAAGAGGAACACGUGGAACUUGCGCUGUUACAGAUCAACAUCUGGGAGACAAUUUUAUUCGUGAUAAUGACACUUUCAUCCGUAGCAUGCCUCUAUAGAAUGCGUUCUUUGGCUUUGCGACAAGUAAUCACCGCACUGCCGCUAGAGCACGCGAUGUUGCUCGUUACACAAUUCGGUGUCUAUCUAUAUUAUUUAUUUCAAAUUAUUGGCGCUGCAUUUCACUUACAUCAGUACCCUGAAGCAAGAAGGGCCACUAGAAUAAUAUCUCCACUAUGUGCAAUUAUACAAAGCUCUUGCCAGACCCUUCUUAUCCUGGAUGCUUGGUCUCGACGCUGCACAAAUUACAAAAGGCGACUUGGGAGGCAAUUGGUGACAUUCCUCUUAGUGGGAAACUUCGCGCUGUGGCUUCUUAAUCGUGUUAAAAAUGCAAGGGCUGAGUUUCAUCCUUUACAGAUGCAAUUUUAUGGCGUUUGGGCUUGGACUCUCAUCACCCAUGUCUCCGUGCCACUUUUAGUCUGCUACCGAUUUCAAGCGACUGUAUGUUUCUAUGAAAUAUGGAAAAAUUCGUAUAAGAGAAGAAAAAAUACAGAAUUGGACAAUAUUAUAAUAACUGAUGAUAUUGAAUUAAAAAACCACGUGGCCUAA